AUGGCUGGAACACGAAGGUCGACGCGUCAAACCACAUCUACGACCAAGAAAUACACAGAGGAUAGCUCCCCGUCUGAAGACGAAACAUCAAAGCGCAAUGUGAAGAAGACGACGGGCCGUAAACGCGCACGAGACGGAGACGGAGACGGAGAGCAGGACGCGAAGGACGACAGUCCACCACCGGCGAAGAGGGUUGCAAAACCGAAGCCAAAGCCCUCGAAAGCUACGACAGCUGAUUCUAAGCCGACCAAGAGUGCACCACCCGCCACGCCUUCUUCGGACUCGAAUCGCGACGCCAAUGGAGAGCAAGAGGUUUUCUGGCUAUUGAAGGCCGAACCCCUCCCCCGCUACGAAAACGGGAUCAACGUUGCCUUCUCUAUCGACGACCUUGCCACAUGCACAGUCCCUGAACCUUGGAGCGGCGUACGAAACCCGCAAGCACGAAACAACAUGCAAGCCAUGCGAAAGGGAGACUUGGGCUUCUUCUAUCAUAGCAAUGCAAAGCCGAGCGGAGUGGUGGGAAUUCUACGCGUGGUGGAGGAAGCAAAAGUGGACGAGAGCGCGUUCGAUCCGAAGGAUCCGUAUUACGAUGCGAAAUCGGACAAGGAUAAGCCCAAGUGGUACUGCGUUGGCGUAGAGUUUGUGAAGAAGUUUGACGAUGUGGUUGACUUGCAUAAAAUUAAGAGUCAUGCGCAGAGUGGGGGCUCACUGGAGGGGAUGCAGUUGGUUACCAAUUCGCGGUUGAGCGUGUCCAGGGUGAGGAGAGAGGAGUGGGAUUUCAUACUAGGGCUGGCAGGAGAAGAACCAAAAGAAUAA